AUGAGCAGGCCGCUGUUCUUGGCGUGUCGGCCAGAGCCCAAGACCGGCACUUUGAACAGUGUUAGAAGUGUUCCCGAGCAGCUUCAGGCGAGCAACGCAGACGGCGCGGGCUUUGCUUGGAGCGGGGGCCGUGCCCUUUCCAAGGUGGGAUGUGAUGUAUGGCAUGGAGUGUCGCAGAUGCGCAAGCCAGAGCGAGGUCGGUUCCUCCGGGAACUUGGGCACGCAACUCGCUCGUUGCACGCAGGGCUAAGGCGGGAAGCCGAGACCGAGAGGAAAGCUGAUGGCCCUUUGGACCGUGGUGAGGCCGAAGACCAUGAAGAUGUCAAGGCCACAGCAAGCUUCGAUCAGGGGGGCUCCGCGAAGGGUUCGCGAAUCAAGGCAGUGGAUGAGGCUACCUCAGCAAAGGCCUCUGACCCGGUCGAAGAUGCCAAGCAUGCUGAUCUGGCCGCAGCCCGACGACUACAAACAUUGGCCAUCGAUGAGCUGGAAACGGCACAGAAGGCGGUUGACACCUUGUCCGAGGUGUGGCUACAAGAACUACGAGCCCGCAAUACCAAAGAGGUCGAGAAGGCCAAGCAGGAGCUCGAAGUCGCCAAGCAGGAGCUGGCAGUCGCCAAGCAGGAGGUGGAGAAGGCCAAGGAGGCGGUCAAAGCAAGCAUCCAGGCAGGACGAGUGCAGGUUGACGUGUCCCAAGCUGCUGAGUUUUUCGGCAAGCUGCUCUUCGACGACACAGAGGGCUGGCCGAUGACAGAUGCUGGCUACCAGUCAUCACCAAGCUGCAUCAUUGAUCUCAGUAGAGGCCCAUUCAAUGGUGCGCUGGCUUCACGUUGCAGCAUGGCUGGGAAGCAGGAUAAGAGCAAUCUGUUGGAUCGGGACAGGGAGAUGCAGGAUGUGGUGAAGAAGGUUGUGGCUCGAGCACAGUGUCUGAAAGGGUGCGCCAGCUCCGACAAGGGGUUUUCGCCAGCGCUCCUGGUAGCGCAGGCGCCCGGCUCUGGCAAGAGCCAUUUCUUGGCCGAGUUGGGGGAGAAGAUCCUGCGCCUUCCGGAUUUGAAGGGCCAGGAGCAGAAGCCUAUAGUCUCUGCCUUCACUUACAGUUCUGCAAUGAGCAGCAAGUUGAACCGUGGAACUUUGGCUAGCAACAGCGCCGUGGACUUGGCCCUGCGAGUUCUGUACGGCGCCGCCCAUCACAUGACAAGGGCUGGGUUGCGCUGCACUUCUUGGAUGGCCUUCUUGAAUGCCAUUCAUGCCGAUGCUGCAUCCAACAACAUGUUGGCGUGCCUUGACGACCUCGAUUUUGCCGUAGAGAUCCUGCACCACUGGUACGGUACUCGCCCUCUCGUGAUCCUUGCCGACGAGGUGGGCAGGUCAGACGAGGGCCUCGUGCGAAAUCGACUUUGUGAACUGAUGGAUGCUUGGGCCGGGCAGGUCUACGUGGCGAUGUCGGCGCUCAGCAACUAUCAGCGAGCUGUGGACAUAUUCAGUAAGAGCAAACGGAAAGUAGAGUUUCAAAUCUUGCCUGUGCUAGGAGUUGACACAUUCAAUAAGUUUCGGUCAGUGCUCACAGACUUGGACAAGGGCAGCAGAAGCAACACCAAAAAGGCGAUCUUGUCCUACCGCAUCGGCCUUGCUUGGGGAGCCACUGCGGGCUAUGCCCGGGCUGUCGAGUACCUGACAGCCCUCUUGCGUGACUCAAAUGGCCUGUCAAGUGGUUCUGUCACUGGCUCCAUUGCGAAGAUUGGAGAGAUGGGGACGAACCUCCCGCCCGGAUUCAGGGCCCCAGAGCUGGAGGCAGUACUCCAGUCGUGGGACUCAGUGGACUGCCCCUUCCGGCAGCUGGGUCAAGUCACCAGCAUUAUGUCGCUGCAAGAGGGCAUCUACGAGGGAAGGGUGCUGGUGGAGGCGAGGCAUUUCUCCGAACAACAGCUUCUUUUUAUGCCGACAGUCGCAGCCUGGCAUGCAGCCAUCUGGUUCGAGACUUCGUUCCACCUGGUACAGUCCUUUCCUAGGUCGCACAAGCUUUGGCACAUGAUGGGCAAAGCGUAUCGGACCAAGCGUGAGGCGAUUGAAAGCAGCAACGAGACAAUCAUGAACCAAGCCGCGGCGUACUUUACGGAGGUCACAGGUGCCGUUGGUGUUAUGCUUGCGAUUGUGAAACUGCACGAGAAGCUUCCACAAGCUCUCAAAACAGAUUGUCAAAGCUUCCUGGAUAUAGGCUUUAACGACUCCCUGGCACAGGAUCCCGACCUUGCAACAGCAAACAAGAACGAGGCACGGCAAAACAUCGAACGUUUUCUGCAGAAAGCUCGAGACCUGGGCACUGAUCACUGCGGCAGCGCACCUUUCCUUUUCAUCAUGGCUCCUGCCAACUGCAUGGCCCUUGACUUUGUCAUCUUCCGCCGGGAGAGUGGGAGUUUAGUCGCUGCCGUCCAAGUCAAGUCCAACACUCUGCUCAAAGAAAAGGAUUUUACGGAGCAGGCGAAGAACCUGGGCAAAGCAGCAAAAACUGUGAGGCAAUUCAACAUGGACUUUUUGGCGGUGCUUGGCUCCAAUUUCCCCACAGGCGUCAUCGAUGACCUACACUCGUUGCAGCAAGACGACUUGGUGGCCCUCAUCCCACCCUUCCUGCGCCAUCUCUCAGGUCUUGCUGCUGGAGUACCAGGCCCUGACAGCGCCGAGUGA